GUCCAGACCCAGUACUCGCUACCAGCUGAGAAUUCAGCUGGUCCAUCCGUGCAACAAACACGUAAGCCAUCUGGAUGUUCUACCCCCGAGUUAUCAGCUUCUGAUGUCCAGACCCAGUACUCGAUACCAGCUGAGAAUUCAGCUGGUCCAUCCGUGCAACAAACACGUAAGCCAUCUGGAUGUUCUACCCUCGAGUUAUCAGCUUCUGAUGUUGGAGAAUAG